CAGCACCUUUCGCGGCGGGCAGUGGUCGCCUGGCACGCGGUGGGCAUUGCCAGGAGAAGCAGACUGGCGAUCGGAGCAGCCGAGAGUCCAAGUCCUUCGUCGGGGCUCUUGAGAAGACAUCCCUCUUCAAAGCGGGAGCCCUGCUGACCGGGAGAAGAGGCUGCUUUGCAGUGCCAGCCUCCGGAGAGGACGAUUCCUGUGCCCUCGGUGCCCUGCCUUCGAGGAUCAGUUUGGAAGAAGGAGAGCCCCCAGGCUCUGCUUGCCCGCUUGGCAAGCUCGCUGGCACGGUUGCUCACCCCGAUUGGCACCGGCAUGUCCAAGAAGACGGCGCUGCACUUCCGCGUGGUGGAGGGAAGGCACCUGCCCGCCAAAGACGUAUCUGGCACAAGCGACCCUUAUUGCAUCAUCAAGGUGGACAAUGAGGUGGUAGCCAGGACGGCGACUAUAUGGAAGGAUCUCAACCCAUUCUGGGGGGAAGAGUACACUCUCCACCUCCCAAUGGGUUUCCAUAAUCUCUCUUUCUAUGUCCUGGAUGAAGACACCAUAGGAGUUCGGUGGAGGUGCCUUCCACUUGGCAUGAGAAGGCAUGAUGACGUUAUUGGCAAAAUCACCCUCAGUAAAGAAACCAUCUCUUCCUAUCCUAGAGGGAUUGACCACUGGAUCAACCUAAGCCGCAUGGAUCCUAAUGAAGAUGUUCAAGGAGAGAUCUCUCUGGAACUACAGAUCGUGCAGGAGAAAGACGGCAAGCGGAUGAUCUGCUGCCACAUCAUUGAAGCCAGGGACCUUGCACCCAAAGAUAUCUCUGGUACCUCUGAUCCCUUUGCCCGAAUUAUGUGGAAUGGGCAGGCCUUGGAAACGGCUAUUAUCAAGAAGACACGCUUCCCUCACUGGGAUGAGAUGCUGGAGUUUGUCUUGGAGGAAGGAGUCGCCAAGAAGACUCCACUUGUCAUAGAAGUGUGGGACUGGGACAUGGUGGGCAAGAAUGAUUUCCUGGGACGGGUUGAGUUCUCUUUGGAUGCCCUUCUGAAAGCCCCUCCCAAAGGCUGGUACCGUCUGCUGCCCUUUCCCAGCGCCACGGAAGAUGCUGGGGGAAAGCUGGGGGCCCUAAGGCUGCGGGUUCGGCUCUCCGAGGAUCGAAUUCUACCUUCCAGGUAUUACCAGCCCCUCAUCGACCUGCUGAUGGACUCCAUCUUGUAUCCUCCAGAGUCAGAGGAUGACGUCACGCCCAUCACUCUGCUGGAAGAUGUCUGCUCAAUGGAGGGUCGCCAAGAUGUAGCCACCAAGCUGGUCAAAAUAUUCCUUGGGCAAGGCCUGGUGGUGCCCUUCUUGGGCUGUGUGAACUUCCGUGAGAUUUUAAGAACCACGGAUCCAAACACUCUUUUCCGGUCCAACUCACUGGCUUCUAAAUCCAUGGAGCAGUUCAUGAAGGUGGUAGGGAUGCCCUACUUGCAUGACAUACUGAAGUCAGUCAUCAACCGGAUCUUCGAGGAGAAGAAGUAUGUGGAGCUGGAUCCAUGCAAGAUUGAGACCAGUCGGACCAGGCGGAUCUCCUUCAAGGGCUCCCUCUCCGAGGCGCAGAUUCGAGAGAGCAGCUUGGAAGUGCUGAAAGGGUAUCUGAGGGACAUCAUACACGGAAUCGUAAACUCCGCCGAAAAUUGUCCCACCGCCAUGAGAGUCACCUUUAAGCAGCUGCACAAACGGGUGGCUGAUUACUUCCCGGAAUCAGAGAAUAAGGACGCCAAGUACAUUGCUAUCAGUGGCUUCAUCUUUCUGCGCUUCUUCGCGCCGGCCAUCCUGACCCCCAAACUAUUUAACCUCCGAGAGCAACAUGCAGACACACAGACCAGCCGGACGCUUUUGCUCUUAGCUAAGGCGGUGCAGAGUAUUGGAAAUCUUGGGUUCCAAGUCGGGCGUGGGAAGGAACAAUGGAUGGAGCCCCUACAUCCCUUUAUCAUGGCGAGCAUUGAACGGGUCAAGGAUUUCCUUGAUAGGCUGAUCGAUGUGGACUCUGAGAAUGAAGCAUGUGAGAAGCAGCCUUGGUCACUUUUCCAACCCUCCGCUACCAUCAAAGAGGGCUAUCUCUACAAACGCAGGGCCGAGGCCCUCCCCUUGGUCUCACGCUUCACCUUCAAGAAACGUUAUUUCUGGUUGAGCAAGGAGAGCCUUUCAUACUCCAAGUCUCCUGACUGGCAGGUGCGGACAUCCAUCCCCGUACAACGGAUCUGCGCGGUUGAACGAGUGGACGAAAAUGCUUUCCAGCAGCCGAACGUCAUGCAGAUCACUACACGGGAUGCUGGUGGCCAGCUGCUCAAUAUAUAUGUCCAGUGCAAGAACGUCAAUGAGCUCAACCAGUGGCUGUCGGCCAUCCGGAAAGUGACUGUUUCCAAUGACUGCAUGCUGUCCUUUUGCCACCCAGGCACCUUCCGUGGCAACCGCUGGACUUGCUGCUUACAAACUGACCGUAAUGUUCACGGCUGCAGCCGCACGCACUCGGCGGUGACCCUGGGUGACUGGAAUGACCCUUUGGACCCGGACACCGAGGCCCAGAUGGUCUACAAGCAUCUCUUGUUGGGCAAAGACAAGCUCAGGGAGAAAUACCAGGAGUUUUCCAGCCUGCAAGAGGAAAGUGAUGCCGCUACAAAAGACGCCAGCAGCCGGCGGAUGGCAGCAGCCGCUCGCCUUUUAGAAAUCAUCCAAGACCUGGAAGGAGCCCACAAAGCCUUUGAGUGCCAAGAAAAUGAAGAAGGAGGAGGAGAAGAAAAAUGCCAGGCCGCAGCCAGUGCCAUGCCCCACGCCUAAGUGGUUUUUCGUUUCAGGCUCCUAGUCGUGUGUAUUCUUCCGUGUUGUAAUGAUGUCUUUACAUCUGUUGAGUUGUGGCAGGGAACGCCAGGCUCGGUUACCUGUGGCUUUCAGGAAUGUGGCACCUGGAUAGCACCGAGGUCGUGGCUCCCAAAGAAGGUGGCUGUCGCCGCGCUGAUGCCGAUUCCAGACAAACUGGAUGCUUCUGAAGAGUGACGCUGUGGAUCUUUGUCUGCUCCCCCCAGUGUACGUGGCGUGUGGUGGAUUUGUGGCACCGCAGAUGGUGAUGUCCAUGCUUUAAAAAGACACAUUUCUAGCCCUUGUGGUUUUCAACGCCAUGGGAGGCCAGUUGCUUUCUGAAGUUUCAAAAAACCAAAUGUGGGCACAGCGCCAAUGUUGGGCACCUCAGUAUCUCUCUUUCGCCCUCCGCUGUGCCAAGAAAAGGAGUUGGAAGUAUUGUAGAAUAAAAAUUAUCUGAGAUUACUGAAGUUG